GUUUUUGCCUGAGCGCACAGACAGCCAGGAUCCCAACUUCCGUGUGACUCCACACCCUGUUUUCCGGGGAGCCGGUGGAGAUCCAGCCCUUCAACACGCUGCUCUCUUACGUCCCGUCCGUGAUCAGUGAGCUGGCCGCGGCGGAGAUUUCUCCUUCUGCUCGGAUCUUAUCUUUUCACCAACUGAGCUCUUUCUAGUCGUUUGCGCGCUUGGCAGAUAUUGGAGUAGUAUAGCCGGCACAUUGGUGCUCAGUCGUCCGCCAGUCUUUUUUUUAGGCUGUGUCUCCGCGGCAAUGGAUUGAUUUCAGUGUUUUUUUCCCCCCCGACCUCUGCCUCGACCAAGUUGAGAAAACAGUCUCUAACCUGCGGCUCUCUCCUUCCAGCUACAUGUUUCAUCCGGCCAGUUUUAAAAGUACCUGGCUCCGGAUGUUUUUGCACAUUUUAGGACUUUGAACUUUCCCCCUCCCCUCAUUUGCGCGUUUUACAGGAGGCGGGUGGAGAGGAUUAAGGAUUUUUUUUUAAUUUUUUUUUUUUUAUUAAACAAAAAAGCUUCUCCGGGGGUUCUUGAAGCCUGCAAAGAUUUAUUUGUGAAAAGUGAUGGCCGAGCGGGGAGCUCUGUCGCUCCUCUCUCUUCUCUGUCUCACCUUUCUCUACACGGAGACCACCGCCGCAAAGCAUGUCGACAAAGGUUCAGCAGCGCGGCCCUUCGACCCCUUCUGGUUCACAGUGGAGCCCCAGGACACACUGGCCAUUCGGGGAAGCUCGGCACUGCUCAACUGCUCGGUGCACAGCGACGGGGCCACGCCGGCACACAUAGAGUGGAAGAAAGACGGCACCUUCAUGAGCCUGGUUUCAGACGAGAGGCGAAACAUACUUCCCGAUGGCUCGCUGUUCUUCAGCCACGUGGUGCACUCCAAGCACAACAAGCCGGACGAGGGCACCUACCAGUGUGUCGCCACCAUCGACAACCUGGGAUCCAUUUUCAGCCGCACGGCGCGCCUCUCCGUAGCAGGGAUGCCCAGGUUCGCCAGUCAGCCCCUUCCCAGCACCGUGCGUCUGGGGGACAGUCAGGUGAUGGCGUGCGAAGUCAACUCGGACCUGGUGCCCUUCACCCGGUGGGAGAAAGACCGCCAGCCGCUGGAGCUGAGCGCCCGGCUGGUCCAGCUGCCCAGCGGAGCCCUGGUUAUCAGCAACGCCUCGGAGGGCGACGCUGGCCUCUACCGCUGUCUGGUGGAAAAUGUCGGCUCUUCCAAGACCAGCGACGAGGCCCAGCUCCAGACCCUGCCAGAAACCGGAGAAGACAGGAAACUGGAGUUCCUUGUUCAGCCUGCGCCUGUAGCCAAGAUGAUGGGCGCCACCGUGCUGCUGCCCUGCGUGGUCACCGGUUACCCUGCGCCGCACGUCCGCUGGAUGUUCGGAGACAAGCUGCUGGAAGAAAGUGAUGGUCGCGUGGAAGUCCUGGGAGGAGGCAGUCUCCAGAUUUCCAAUCUCACGGAGGUGGAUGCCGGCGUCUACACCUGUGUGGCGGAAAAUUAUAACUCCACCAUUGAAGCCCAGGCCCAGCUCACAGUGCAAGUCCCUCCGCAGUUUGUCAAGCGGCCGCCCAACAUUUAUGCCCACGAGUCCAUGGACAUCGUCUUUGACUGUGAGGUUACGGGGACGCCGGCUCCCACCGUCAAGUGGGUCAAGAAUGGAGACGCGGUCAUCCCCAGCGACUACUUCAAGAUAAUUAAGGAGCACAACCUGCAGGUUCUGGGUCUGGUCAAGUCAGACGAGGGUUUCUAUCAGUGCCUUGCGGAAAACGAUGCAGGAAACAUCCAGUCCAGCGCCCAGCUCAUCAUCUUGGAUCAUGAUGUAGCCCUGCCCUCUUUCCCUCCCCCCUCACUGACUCCUAACACUACUGACCAUGUAACGCCAGGCUCCGGCGGUGUGGCCAGUCCGCCAGGCCCCACCCCCUCCGGCCCCAGAGACGUCGUGGCCUCGCUGGUUUCCACCCGCUUCAUCAAGUUGACUUGGCGGCCACCAGCCGAGCCGCACGGCGACGAGUUAACCUACUCUGUUUUCUACAGCCAGGAGGGCACCAGCAGGGAGCGAGUAGUAAACACCAGCCGUCCAGGGGAGAUGCAGGUCACCAUCCAGAACCUCAUGCCAGACACCAAAUAUCGCUUCAGGGUUGUGGCUCACAACAGCAACGGUCCGGGCGAGAGCUCUGCUGUCCUCAAAGUGGCCACCCAGGCUGAAGUUCAAGUGCCCGGCCCGGCUCCAAACCUGCAGGCAGUGUCCAACACACCGACCUCCGUUUCUCUCAGCUGGGACAAACCCCUCACUGGCAACGGAGAGAUCCUCACUUACAAGUUGUACUACACAGACAAAAGCGUCGGGAACGAGCAGGACGUUGAGGCCGAUGGUCAGUCUUACACCAUGACCGGGCUGAAGAAGAACACGGAGUACAGUUUCCGUGUGGUGGCCAACAACAGACACGGCUCGGGUGUUUCCACCGAGGACGUCACUGUUCGCACGCUGUCUGACGUACCAAGCGCCCCACCUCAGAACCUGACUGUGGAAGUGCAGAACUCAAAGAGCAUCAUGCUGCGGUGGCAACCCCCACCCCUGAGUGGCCAGAAUGGCGAGAUCACCGGCUACAAGAUCCGAUAUCGGAAAGGAUCUCGGAGGAGUGAAACGGCCGAGACCACAGGAGGCACCCAGCUGUACAAGCUCAUUGACGGUCUGGAGCGCGGGACGGAGUACUCCUUCCGGGUGUCGGCCAUGACGGUGAACGGCACAGGACCGGCCACCGAGUGGACCACAGCAGAGACGUUUGAGAGCGACCUGGACGAAUCACGCGUCCCGGAUCAGCCCAGCUCGCUGCAUGUCCGGCCCCUCGUCAACAGCAUCGUCGUGAGCUGGACGCCGCCGGAGAACCAGGACAUUGUGGUGCGCGGUUACACCAUCGGCUAUGGCAUCGGCAGCCCCCACGCCCAGACCAUCAAAGUCGACUACAAGCAGCGCUACUACACCAUCGAGAACCUCGACCCCAGCUCCCACUACGUGAUCACGCUGAAGGCCUUCAAUAACGUGGGCGAGGGGAUUCCCGUGUACGAGAGCGCCAUCACCAGACCGCAGUCAGACCCCAUAGACCCCGAUGUUGAUCUGUAUGAACUCUUCCAUGCUCCAUACACCCCAGUACCCGACCCUUCACCUAUGAUGCCGCCCGUGGGUGUUCAGGCCUCUGUGCUGAGUCACGACACCAUCAAGGUGACCUGGGCCGACAACUCGCUGCCCAAGAACCAAAAGAUCACAGAUAACCGCUACUACACGGUGCGAUGGAAGACCAACAUCCCCGCCAACACUAAAGUCAAGAUGGCCAACACGACCAGCCUGAACCACAUGGUGACGGGCCUGAAGCCCAACACGCUGUACGAGUUCUCCGUCAUGGUGACCAAGGGCCGCCGCACCAGCACAUGGAGCAUGACAGCCCAGGGCACCACCUUUGAGACCAUUCCCAGCUCCUCCCCGAAAGACGUGACUGUGGUGAGCAAAGAGAACAAACCUCGCACCAUAAUUGUCAACUGGCAGCCUCCCUCUGAGGCCAACGGAAAAAUCACGGGCUACAUCAUCUACUAUAGUACAGAUGUAAACGCCGAGGUCCACGACUGGGUGAUUGAACCCGUGGUGGGAAAUCGCCUGACGCACCAGAUCCAGGAGCUGACGCUGGACACCACCUACUACUUCAAGAUCCAGGCCAGAAACUCAAAGGGCAUGGGCCCCAUGUCCGAGGCCGUGCAUUUCCGCACGCCCAAGACUGAGUCCUCUGACAAAAUGGCUAAUGACCAAGCCUCAAAUCUUCCGUCGAAGCCGGGGCCUCCAAGCAACCCGGGUACCGACCCAGACUCUGGAUUGCCACUCGGUAAAUCAGGGAUCGGAGGCGGUGAGAAUCACAUCCUGGUCAUUGUCAUCAUUAUCUCCGUGGGAGCCUUUACCAUCAUAGUGGUGGUGGUGGGGGCUUUCCUGUGCACGCGCCGCACCACGUCCCACCAGAAAAAGAAGCGGGCCGCCUCGAAGUCCUCAAAUGGCUCCCACAAAUACAAAGGAAACUCCAAAGAUCUGAAGCCUCCGGAUCUGUGGAUCCAUCACGAGAGGCUGGAGCUCAAGCCGAUGGACAAGUCGCCGGAGACCAACCCGGUCAUGACCGAAACGCCAAUUCCCCGCUCCUCCCAGGACAUCACACCCGCCGACAGCGGCCUGGAAAGCAACCCGCACCUGCAGCAGAGGCGCAACUCAUACCGCGGCCACGAGUCAGAGGACAGCAUGUCUACACUAGCAGGCCGACGAGGGAUGAGGCCUAAAAUGAUGAUGCCUUUUGACGCACAGCCUCCUCAGCCUGUGAUUAGUGCUCACCCCAUCCAUUCCCUUGAUAACCAUCACCACCAUUAUCACAUGGGCAGCCUGGCGUCGCCGACACGCAGCUAUCUCUACCACAGCGGGCACCCACGCCCUCACGCCUGCGCCACCCCCAUCUCCCAUCUAGACAGGGUGGACUCCACAGAGUCCGUGAGGAACACCCCCAGCUCGGAGCCGCUCCCUCCGGCCGCCGCCUCCUCUCAGGCCUCCUGCCCCUCGGAGAUCCUGGCCGACCCCGAGGGCAGCUACCACGGCUCCACCACCACAGAGGAGGAGCCCAGCUACUCCAGCAACCUGCCCCCGCACCGCUCGGCCCACCCGCACGCCCACGCCCACCCGCUCAAGAGCUUCGCCGUGCCUGCAAUCCCGGCCACCGGCCAUCCGUCGUAUGAGUCGCCGGCGCUGCCGAGCACCCCGCUGCUCGCUCAGACCGGUCCUCCCACUCACCCCCACAUUGUCAAAACAGCCUCCAUCGGAACGCUGGGAAGGACACGAACACCGAUGAUAGUCACUGUGCCCAACGCCCCCGAUGUGCCAGAGACCAGCAAGAUGCUGGAAGAUGUAGACAGCGUGCUUGCCUCCCUCCCCCCCUGCCCCUCUCCCGCCCCCCGCAGUAACCCUGUUCCUCUCCCUCAGAGCUACGAGCCCGACGAGCUGACCGAGGAGAUGGCCCACCUCGAGGGCCUCAUGAAGGACCUGAACGCCAUCACCACAGCGCCAUGAGCUUGCACUCGCAGCAACACACACACACACACACACACACGCGCGCGCACACACACACACACACACACCGACACACGUUCUCGGUUCAGACACACACACAGAAAGACACACAAUCGAAAGUCAAACCUUUUGGAGCCAGAGGAGGCUGGUGGACACAAAAAUGGCUUCUUGUGCCCCAAUGAAACUCUCACGUCCCCCUGCAGAGAAAAAAAAUAAAUAAAAAAAAACAACAACAAACAACAAACGAAACAAACAAAAACCUCCAGACUGAAACUUUUUUUCGGCUUACCUUGCUCAGUCUCAGGAAGGAGAUUGCCAUGAGAGGGAAGAAAAGUGAGACGCUUCAUGUUUAUAUGAAGAAUCAUUCUCAGAGACGAUGAACUUUUUAAACAUCGGUUGCUUUCAGCCGGAAGAUUGUGAAUUUUUUCCUCAGCAAAAAUCCGCACGGUAGUUUUUCUUUUUCUUUUUUUUUUUGUUUGUUUUAUUUUUAUUUUUUGUGGCGAACCAAGACGGUCGAUUAUUCAAAAGGAGAAAGUCCAAAAAAAAAAUAUGCUGGUUUUGAUGUUUGGUGCUCACGCGGCACGGUCUACACACAGUGUUUGUUUGAUUAGUGUUUUCUUUGUGCAUUUUGUAUAUCUAUUGGGCCGUUUCAGUGAAGUGAACAUUGGAUAUCAGCCCCCCUUUACAAGCCUACAUUAGCCUUUUUAUUUUAUUUUAUUUUUUUUGCUUUUACCCCCCUUGUGUCAUAUAUUGUGCCAUGACUUUUUAUUAUUUUCUAUGUUAUUGUAUUAUUUUUUUACACACAUAUCCUUAUAAACAUGUACAUAUGUUGUGUUAUUUUUAAAAAAAAAAAAACUGCCUCAUUCUUUUGGUGUUUCCCAUUGUUUCAUUGUGAUUAUUUGGGAUGAAAGUGGGGCUGUACGAAUGAGUCCUGAAGCUCAGUUUUCAUAUCAACAAGGGAGAGGAGUGUUUCUACAGUACGUUCUUCUCUGGCAUUGUUUCACCACCUCCCCCCCUCCCAUGCCCACCCCCCUGUUUGUACAUUAAAAUGUCUUUUCAGUCCUCCAUUUGUUGUGGGAGCUCCGUUUUAAAAGCCUUACCAACGUGUUUGUGUGUUGGACCGUCGAGACGACCUCGGCUCUCCGGCUUGUGCUGUCACUCGCUUCUGUGGCAGCUUCGUUCUACGUCGUUCUGUGGGACUCGACAGUAUCUCCUAACAGGUCAGGGGUACCUCGGACUCAGGGCGCUGACCCCCUCCACCCCCCCAACCACCACCACCACCACCACCACCUCUCCUAGAGAAAGAAAGAAAAAAAAAAACAAUCAACCACAAAAGACGAGUUAUCUUUUAUACAAAAAGUUCGAUCGAAUGUGUGUGUUGUUUUCCAAAAACCAAUAUUUGGUUUCAGACAUCUGUACUGCUCGGCCACGUGGGCUCAACCCCCUCCCUUCCCUUCCCUUCAUCCUCCGCCAUCACGCCGUGGUCCUUUUACAAGUCAGAUGCAAAGAUGUUGGCCUUUUGAAGGGGACUCCCAGAUUUUUUUUUUAAAACAUGGUAGGUUUUGUAUGAAGAAAAAAAAAAGAAGCUUGUUCUACACAGAUUCAGUGUAAAAAGGAAAAAAAAAAAACUUAAAAAAAAUGUCCAUCUGAGAAACUAGUUUUUCAUUACCCUCUUACCCAAAGAAAUUUGUCAUUUGCAAUCAUAGUAAUUUGCUCUACUUUUGUGAAUACCAUGUUCUCAUAAAUGUACAUCGUCAUGAAUGUCAAUAUAACUGUAAGAGAUUUUAACUAUGGAUUCAAACAAGGAACAAGUUACUGUCGGGGGAGGGGAGGGGUGGAGGGUGUGAUUAAAAACAAAGGGGGGGGGGAGAAAAAGGACCGGACUCCAUUUUGGGAAAUAAUCUAUUCAGUUGUAAACAGUUGAACCUGUAUUGCACUUUUUCACAAUUUUUGGAAAGUACAUUUCUUACAUAUCUUGUGUUUUAAAUAUCAAAAAGCUGUUUGUGUAACGUAGUGUCCUAGGUAAGCAGCAGGCAGCUGGUCUUGUUUUUUUUUUUUGUUUUUUUUUUUAAUGUUUAUAAUUUUUAUUUUAUUUUGUUUUUUUGCUUCAGAGAUGAUAUGAAUCGAGCAGCCGAGUCGUUCGCUCGGCAGCUCGUGAUGAGGAAUUCUGUUGUUGCUUGUUCAUGUACAGAGCUUUCUUUGCUUUCUGUAGAGAAGAAGAAGAAGAAGAAGAAGAAGAAAAAAAAACGAAAUCCGUGGCUUUUUAAAAAAAUGUUGAAAAAAAAUGGUUUGGACAAAAAAAUAUGUUUUUUUAUUGGUGCUCCUAUACAUUGUGUAUACAAACUAUUAUGAAUACUAACAAAGUAAAUGUU